AUGUCUCCAUUACUAGUAUCAGAUGUCCUUCGCGAACAUGAACCGUAUAAUGAAAAGGUCAUUCAGAUGUAUGUCAAGUGCUUUGAUGAUCAAGAUAAACUGUUCCUUUUAGAUCAAGGGAUUGACGUUUCCGAGAUAUUAAACUACCAUUUAGAUGUCCAUUCAGAUACCCAUUCAAAUGCCCAUUCAAAUUGUAGUGAAAACUCUGCAAUCGAUGGUAUUAAAGAAAAAAGUUUCUAUUCAAAUAAUAUUACAACAAACCCUCCAUUAUUUAAUUAUCCUGGAUUCCUUCGGAGAUUAAAUUACACUUCAAUGAUAAAAGCCGUCGAAGCUUGGUGCUACUACUUAUCAAUUGAAAUGGAAAAAACUCAAAGCCAUGACUUGCUUGAAAAUGCUGAAAUCUUAAUCUUUCGAUCGUUAUUAAAACUUUGUUUGAACAAAGGUGCAAGAUUACAUGAGUUGAUUUUAUGUCCUGACCAAUUUGAUCCCUCAAACGACGAAAUGUAUAUGUCAUUAGUUGAUGAUGAAUUUAAAGACCUGUUCGCACCCAUUAGAACCUUGGAAUUUAGCGGUAUGGUUAGAAUGGAUGGAUUGUUACAAUUGUUGUCUCAAAGAUGUCAUGGAAUCGAACAUAUGCGCGUCACAACUUUGUGGGCACGUCGUAAUGACGAUCGGCUCGUCGGAAUCUUUCGUGACUCGCUAACCUCCUUAUUUGCGGUCCAAAAUUCAUUAACAUCUUUUGAAUUAUCGAAUUGCAAAGCUUACACCAGUGCAAUCCUACCGGUCUUAGGAUUGCAUACUUCUACAAUUCGAUAUAUUCGAUUUGAUAACGUAAACUUUGAAGGAUGUGAUCCAUUAUGCAUACUUUCCGAUUGUAAAAAUAUGGAUGUACUCGAAAUUACCCAAUGUGCAAAUUUAAGUGAAGAAAUGGUUGACCCUAUUAUGAAAGCAAAAUUUAAAAGUGGAUUCGAAGUUAGAUUGGUAGGUGAUGAAAUGUUACAAUGUGAAAAGUUUAAAGACUGGGUUAAUAAAAAUAGUAGGUUUAAUAAAAAUAAAACCGUCGGAAAUGUUGGUAAUAAUUGUAUGAUAAAUCUUGGUUUUUUUUGUGAAAGAAAUGAUGCAAAUAUUUCUAGUAUUGAUGAUAUUGAAGAGAACAUUGUUAAUGAAAAAAAACGGUGA